AUGACAACAUUGUUCCUUAGAUGUUUACAAGAAGCAGAAACAUAUGUUGAUAAAACAAAUGGAUUUCAAAGUUCAAUACUUAAAGCAAUGAAUUGUUUAUUAACAAUACUUGAAAAGAUGAAAAAAGAUACAAUAACUGAAACAUUAUCAUUAUUAGGAUUAAAUAAUAAAUAUGCAUUAACAUUAUAUAUUAGAGAUAAUCAUUUGAGUGAUGAAGUAAGAAAUAAAUUGGUUCGAUAUAUUGGAUUUGAUAUUAUAGAUCUUUCACCGAUUAUAGAACAAUCUAUAGAAGCACCUCUUGAAAGUACAGCAACAAGUCUUAAUUGUCUUGAAUUUGAUGCAUUUAAAUUAGUUAUUGAUGUAAUGAAAGAAAAACAACUUGAUGUAUUAGAUGAAUUAAUACAAAAUUGUUUAAUUUGUGAUAGUGGAAGAGUUGAUUAUAUAAUUAAUGUAUGUAAAUCAGAUGCAUUAUUGAAACGUACUAUUCGUGAAAUUGAAAAUAUUAAAGAUAAAUUAAAACGAAAUGAAAUAGAUGAAAUUCAAAAAAGAAUUAAAUCUAUAGAAAUUAAAAUUAAUCAUAUGACAAAAAUGUUUAGAGAAACAACAGAUUCAAAUUCUAAUUCAAGAAGAGGAUCAUUAGAUGUUCAAGAUAGAAAUCUUAUUGCUUCAGAACCUUUAGUUGAAAUUGAAGUUAAUACUCCUAUGACAGAAUUAUUAAGAAUUAAUGAUUAUGAAUUAAAUCAAUUAGAAUCUUUUGUAGGAAAACAUACAACAGAAAUUGUUUAUGAUACUUUUGGAGCAGUUGAUAGUAGAUCUUUAUUUAAAAGUAUAACUCAAUCAAAAGAUUUAUGUCUUAUUUUUUAUUGCAACAAUUGUAUAUUUGGUUCUUUUCAUUCAAUUAUUCCAUUUAAUCGUGGAAUCUGGUCUAAUUUUGAUCCAACUACUUUUAUUUUUUCUUUAAGAAAUCCAAUGAAACGAUCCCCAAUUAAAUUUCCAUUUACUGGAAAGAAGGGAACUCUUAGGAUAGAAGAUUCAUUAAGUGAUCAAGCUCUUCAUGUAUCUUAUUUUAUCCAUCUAGCAUCUACUGGAGCAUUUGUCAUUGAUCAAGAUUUUGCUAGUGUUUUCUUUUCCUUAGAGAAUCCUCAAUUUUUUUGUGGUUCUCAACGUGGUGUACUCACAAGGAUGGUAGUAGUGAAGAUGAGGUAA